AUGGGUUCUGGGUGCUGCGGUGGCAACCGUAAUGUUGUACAGCCUAAAACAAAUCCUGAUGUAUACAGAACCAAAAGUCCACCAAUAACACGUAAACCUGAAACUAAAUUAACCAGAAAUAAAAGUCCACCUAUAAUGCGAGAUAAUUCAACAAUGGAGCGAUUUUUGAAACCUAUCAUUACCACAACAAAUCCUUUGAAACUUAUUGAUGGUUAUCUCCAUGAACCAGUUGUAUCUCUUGAAGAAGCUCUUCAACCAUUCGAUGGUCAAAUUGAUCAAUUAUCUUAUUACAUUAAAGAAGCUAAAACCAAAUGUCAUCAUCCAUCAGAACAUAAUCUAACACAUGAUGAAUCAGCUGCUAUCUAUAUUUAUACAAUGAAAUGGGAUACUAAAUGUGUUUAUGAUCGUUUGCAAGAAGCAUGGAAAUCUGAAGAUCGAUCUAAAAUGAAACCAUGGUUCAAAUAUCUUAGAUUAUUUAAAAGUGCAUUUGACAAAUUACCUGAUGCAAAGAAAGAAAUUUGGCAAGGAACACUUUUUGAUGAAAGGCUCAUAGAAAAACUAAGUUCAAAGUCAUCAACAAUCUAUUCUUCUAUGGGCUCAUGUUUACCAUCAUCUAAUGAAGUUAAAGACUAUCUAGAAAAACAUGAUAGUACAAAGAUAAUUCUUAUUGGCUAUGAAUCUGUCCAUGGAAAGUCAAUAGUUGGUAAUACAGCAAAUCCAUGGAACGAACACAUAUUAUUUCCUGGUACGAAACUGGGUGUAACAAUUUACAACGUGAUCAACGCUAAUGGUUCAUUGAGUAUACAUUUCAAAGCACUGACUAGUAAGUAG